AUGAAAUCUUUAGUGAGUUUUAUACGUCCAACGAUCUAUAAUAAUUUAAUUCGUCGAUAUGCAUCAAAUGAAUCAUCGGCUGCAAAAGAUUUUGAAACAGCUAAAUCUCGUUUAGAAUCAUCAUCUGUUGAAGUUGAUAAUGAAACAAAAUUAAAACUUUAUGGUUUAUAUAAACAAUCAACAGCUGGUGUUUGUUCAACACCAAAACCUGGUUUAACAGAUUUUGUUGGUCGAGCUAAAUGGACAGCUUGGUCGUCAUUAGGAAAAAUGACUCAACAAGAUGCACAACAACAAUAUAUACAAACUGUUCAACAAUUAGUUGCUUCUUCUACAUCAUCAAAUAAAAAUAUUGAUUCAACAUCGAAAAAUACUGAAACAAAAAAAGAAAAAAGUGAUUCAGCUGCGGAUCAUAUUCAAUUAUUAAAAAAAAGUGAAGCACAUUGGGAACUUGUACUCAAUCGACCGGAAAAAUAUAAUGCAAUUACACAACCUAUGUAUGAACGUAUUAUACAAAUUCUUGAUGAAGCUGCACAAGAUAAACAAGUCGUACUUCUUUCAAUAGCUGCAAAAGGACCUUUUUAUUCAUCUGGAACUGACUUAGCUGACUUUGCUAAAAUGGCUACAUCAACAACAACUGAUUUGAAAGGAUCUGUCGAACGUGGUCAAAAAAUGUUACAAACAUUUAUUGGGAAAUAUAUCGAUUUUCCUAAAAUCUUAAUUGCAUUUAUCCAAGGUCCAGCAGUUGGUAUAUCAGUAUCAACAUUAGCAUUAUUUGAUGGUGUCUAUGCAUCAUCACGUGCAACAUUUGCAUUACCAUUUACACGAACAGCUCAAUCAGCUGAAGGUUGUUCAUCAUUAGUAUUUCCAUCAUUGAUGGGUUCACUUCAUGCUAAAGAAGUUCUUUUAUUUGAUCGUAAAUUAACAGCUGAAGAAGCACAACAACGUGGUUUAGUAACACGUGUUAUUGAUGAAAAACAAUUUGAUGAAGAAAAAAAUAAAAUUUGUCAAAAUAUUCUUUCAUUACCUAAAGGAAGUCUUUUAACAAGUAAACAAUUAAUGCAACAAUGGACAAAAGAAACAUUACAUCGUGUUAAUGCACAAGAAGUUGAAACUUUAAAACAACGUUGGUUAACUGAAGAAUUUGUUCAAGCUAUGAUGGAAUUUAUGAGAGGAAGAAAGAAAGCUAAAUAA